CACUAUUUUAAUUUUUAUCAAAAAAAUAAAAAUAAAAAAUAAAAUCACACACCCCCCUCACUCACUCGUUACUAGUACUACACACGACACUACCCUUUCUCAUUUCUCAUUUCUCAUUUCUCACAUUAAUAACCACCACCACAUUUUCCUCUUCCUCUUUCUUCUGUUUCUUUUUUCUCUCAACGUUUCAAAUUCGAAAUUCGAAAAAUGAGAGAAAUUAUCAGCAUUCACAUCGGUCAAGCCGGUAUUCAAGUCGGAAAUUCAUGCUGGGAGCUUUACUGUCUCGAACAUGGCAUUCAGCCUGAUGGCAUGAUGCCUAGUGAUUCUUCCGUCGGAGUUGCACACGAUGCAUUCAACACGUUCUUCAGCGAAACCGGUUCCGGCAAACACGUUCCUCGUGCCGUAUUCGUAGAUCUAGAACCUACCGUCAUCGACGAAGUAAGGUCUGGUACCUACCGACAACUCUUUCACCCUGAACAACUUAUAUCCGGCAAGGAAGACGCCGCUAACAAUUUCGCUAGAGGACACUACACUGUUGGCAAGGAAAUCGUAGAUCUGUGCCUCGAUCGUGUUAGAAAGUUGGCUGAUAACUGUACCGGUCUUCAAGGGUUUUUGGUCUUCAACGCCGUCGGUGGUGGUACCGGUUCAGGUUUGGGUUCCCUAUUGUUGGAACGUCUCUCCGUUGAUUAUGGCAAAAAGUCCAAACUCGGAUUCACCAUCUAUCCUUCCCCUCAGGUUUCUACUGCUGUUGUGGAACCAUACAACAGUGUUCUCUCCACACAUUCUCUCCUUGAGCACACCGAUGUCGCUGUGCUUUUGGACAAUGAGGCGAUCUAUGACAUUUGUAGGAGAUCUCUUGAUAUUGAAAGGCCUACUUACACAAACUUGAACAGGUUGAUAUCUCAAAUCAUAUCCUCACUCACAACCUCAUUGAGGUUUGAUGGGGCGAUUAAUGUUGAUAUCACUGAGUUCCAGACCAACCUUGUGCCUUAUCCCCGUAUCCACUUCAUGCUUUCGUCCUACGCACCUGUGAUCUCUGCUGCCAAGGCAUACCAUGAGCAGCUCUCUGUGCCUGAAAUCACCAAUGCUGUGUUUGAGCCUGCUAGCAUGAUGGCCAAGUGUGAUCCAAGGCACGGGAAAUACAUGGCUUGCUGCUUGAUGUAUCGUGGAGAUGUUGUACCCAAGGAUGUAAAUGCUGCUGUUGGAACCAUCAAAACGAAGAGGACAGUCCAGUUUGUUGAUUGGUGUCCUACCGGCUUUAAAUGUGGUAUCAACUAUCAGCCUCCAUCAGUUGUGCCUGGUGGUGACCUUGCAAAGGUGCAGAGAGCAGUUUGCAUGAUCAGCAACAACACUGCUGUAGCAGAGGUCUUCUCUCGCAUUGAUCACAAGUUUGAUCUUAUGUAUGCUAAAAGGGCCUUUGUUCACUGGUAUGUCGGUGAGGGCAUGGAAGAAGGGGAGUUCUCAGAAGCACGUGAAGAUCUUGCUGCUCUUGAGAAAGAUUAUGAAGAAGUCGGUGCUGAGGGAGCAGAAGAUGAAGAUGAAGGAGAGGAUUAUUGAUUUGCAAUAUGUAGUACAAGCCGUUUUUCUUUCAUUUGAUUGUUUCAAGCAAAAGAGGGUACAUGCUUUGUUACAUUACCCUCCACUCGUACUGUUCUUUUAUGUCCUGUGUGAUAUAGUUCCAUCAUUCAAACUUGUGAAAUGGUGGUCAUUAUUAUUAUGCAUCUAAUUUUGUUUUAGGAUCUGUUGUUUGCAGCCUCAACUAUGCAUUGAGAAUUGUUCAUGUCAAAAGUUCAUCACAGUAUUUUUUUUUUAUUCA